CUCCGGGAUCAGGGAGAACUCGAGCGAGGAGAGGAACACAAGCGCCAGACCAGAGCAGAGAACUGGACAUUACACACACAGAGACACAGACAGACGACUACAGCAGAGGAACCAGACGGACUCCAUUCACUUUACUCCAGCAGCACAGAGGAGCGCGUAAAGUUUGGAGAGAUGCAGUCAGUGUACCAGCACCUGGUCAGCCUGCUGUUUAUCUUCAGCAGUCUGCACGUUCACCAGCUGACAGAGGGCUGCACAUGCGCUCUGACGCACCCCCAAGACGCCUUUUGCAACUCCGACAUAGUGAUUCGAGCAAAAGUGGUCGGCAAGAAGCUCCUGAGAGAUGGACCUUUUGGAACGAUGCGCUACACCAUCAAGCAAAUGAAGAUGUACAAAGGCUUCGAUAAAGUCCACCACGUGCAGCACAUCUACACAGACUCCUCUGAGAGUUUGUGUGGGGUUAAGUUCGACAUCAACAAGUACCAGUAUCUGAUCACAGGUCGAGUGUACGAUGGCAAGGUCUACACAGGUCUGUGCAACUUCAACGAGAGGUGGGAGCGACUCUCAUUGGCCCAGAAGAAAGGCAUCAACCAUCGUUACCAGCUGGGCUGCAACUGCAGGAUUAAGCCCUGCCACUACCUGCCCUGCUUUGUGACCUCAAAGAAUGAGUGUCUAUGGACGGACAUGCUUUCCCACUUUGGCUAUCCUGGAUACCAAUCCCGGCACUACGCUUGCAUCCAGCAGAAGGAAGGCUACUGCAGCUGGUAUCGGGGGAUGACCGCACGUGAUAAAACAACCAUCAACGCCACCGACCCCUGAGCCGCAAAUGGCACUGCCCAAAAUCUACUGCCACCUCCCUGAAUCCGUCCCAUCCCUUUCAAUUUUAGAGAAAUGACAGGACUCUUAAAGCUCAGCGGCCUGGGUAACAGCCUCUUUUAAAGGGGCAAAAAGAGAGAGCAAAUCUAUUACAGUGCCUGUUUUGUAGCACUUCUGACAAAAACAAUACCUUUUUUUUGGGACUAACUACCCUGUCACAGUUAUUGACCAAUCUUCCAAACCAAGAAUUAGUCUUUCAACUGCAAUGUCUCUUAAGAGAUAUUUGACAAACUCGUACACAAUUAAAAUGAUCAAGAAUCACAAAGGUUUAUUAGCCACCAGCAGUUAGCCUAUUGCUAACCUAGUAUCAUUACGUUUUUUUUUUAUAUUUUUGCAGAUGUUACUUUAAAAAUAAGCAAGGACUCUCACAUGUGAAGGCCAUGCAAGUGAAGUACAAUCAAACAGUAAAACCAAUUAUCACCGUGUACAUUUCAGAUUUGCAUUAUUGCUAAUGAGCUGCACUUGCUAGCUAGGCUAUGGCCUUUUCAACAACACAGAAGUUAGACCUCUUAUUCUGGCAAGUUUUGAAAACUGUAUUGUUUUAUAUUGAAGUACACAUCGAUUAUGUUCACAGGUUUUACUGUAACAUGUGUUUUCAUGAAUGAUAGUAUCUCUGCUUACCUGAAUGUUUGCAAUGUAACUCAUUUUGCAGUUAUAUCCCAAACAGCGCCCUCUAUCUUUGAGCACUGAUGAAUAUCAGAGAAUGCUAAAUUAUGUCUGUCUUACAGUGCCAACGCAGGGAAGAGCUCACUUCUUGCAGAGAUGGUUUUAUUUUAUUUUUGCUGUAUAUAACAUAAGCUACAGAAAUGAACUAUCAACUCAGCUGAAACCUCUGUGAUACAUCUAUUUAUAUGUUAUUGGAUUACACAGUAACCAGGUGGUGUAUCUGCCAAAUCAGACAAAAUAUAUGUAUAAUAGCCAGUCGACAAUACAUAGUGACAAACAUCACAGCCAGAGCAGCCAACCAGAAUGAAGGAGCAUUAUAUCAAAGGGUGUGCUACUUCUGGUACUUUUUUAUGUUAGAUUGGUCGUAUUAGUUCCCCUGGCUGGUACUCAUCACAGAGGACAAAGUAAAGUAUAAGCAGAGGUUUCAAACAAUGAGAUAUUUUGUAAGUGUAUAUUCAAUCUUUUUGUAUUUAACUAUUGAAAAUGGACAUUAUAUAUAUAUAUAUGUAUAUGAAAGUAACAAUAUUGUCACUAAAUUCAUUCUGCUUCACCUGUUCCAUCUAAGGUUUUUUGUUAUUUCUUCCCAGUGCUGUACCUUCAGUCCAUUCCAUUUCUCGACACAGACUUGCCUCAAAAGGAGUAAUGGUUGUUUCGUCAUCAAAACAGAAGUAGCUCUGAAGAUACACACUGUGGUUUAUAUCAGUCUGUCCUCUCAGAAAGAGUGCUUUGAUUAGUACCACUCUGUAGUCUGGACCUUAAAUGUGAAGCAACAUCAAACAGCCUGUUAGCUUGGCUUAGAGUAGCAUAAAGACAGGAAACGGCUAACCUUUUCCUCAUAAGUAACUAAACCCACGUACCCUUUCAAGCUAACCCUUAAAGCUAACAAAUGAUCAUGCUAUAUCUCCAUUGUUUGAUUUGUAGCGAUAUAGUAAAAACUAUAUGAAAAUAAAAUAUCACUGGUGGUCAUGGGGGGUGGAUUAUCUCUUGACCAAUGAUCUAGAGUCACAACCUUUUACACAAACUUUUCUUAAGAAUAAAUUUAAGGGCAAAUCACAACAGAUCUAAGCUAGCUGUUUCCAGUUGUUAUGCUAGGCGGAACCAAACAUUGUGCGGCUUUGGCGUCAUAUCUUUGAACAGACUUAAGAAAAAGGCACCAGACUUCUCAUAUGACUAAGUGUAUUACCCAUAAUAGCAACAAUAUUGAACUUAUCUCCAUUCCAUCCUUGCAGUCAUAAAAUAUUUGAGCUUUUAGGACAAGAUACUGAGCUUUAGGGGAUUUUUGUAAAUCACUUGAGAUAUUUAUUGUUAAGUCCUUUAAAUGAAAUGUCCAGGCUCUUUCUCCAGUUGAGGCAUCUCUGUGUCGUUAUUUCUGUGGUUCCCGAUUGUGUAAAUAUUCUGUCUGCUUAACACAGAAACACUUGGUCAAGUUUGAUCCUUAAAAAAAAAUCCAAUCCAGGAAGCUGUGUACAGUCUGUGUGUAAACACUGAUUCCUGACGUUUGUGGGGGGAAAGUUUCCUUGUAGGGGUUAUAGAAAUGUUUGACUUAAGUUCUGUGUUUUAUAUUUUUAUAAUAAAGAUUUAAUGAAAAACGGGCAA